AUGAGGGCAACUCGUUAUCUUUGGAUAAGUAAUCUUCCAACACACACAAGCGAAGAGGAUACUAAAGCAGCAUUGCAAAGCUUUGGAAAGAUACAGAGCGUACGUAUUCAUGACAAUGGAUCUAUCCGUGGUGCUAUCGUCGCUUUUGUCGACACAAAGUCUGCUACUCGCGCCAUUGAAAGCGCAGUGUACCUCAGAAAGGUGCAGCUUCGUCUUCAGUACUGUGAAUCUUCUGGGGCUCCUGGUAUAAACACUCGGGAUUUGGCACUACAGUCUUCUGAUAUAUUUAACUUGGACACCGAAAGAUUGGCAAGCAGUUCCUUAGAAUCGCUUUCGCUAAAGGAGGAUGUAUCAAAUAAAUGUGAUAAAAAAAAUUCAUUGAGUGUAUUGACAUCACAAUCAAAAGAAACUGAAAUGAGAGGACUUCGUAUAAAACAACUACCAUUUCGAUCUACAGAUACUAACUUGAGGGAGGGUCUCUUCCAUGAAUAUAAGAAACAUGGAAAAAUAACUUCUGUUGCCAUCCAUGGCCAGGGCCAGAGUCGUCACGCUAUUAUUACCUUCAAGCGAGCUGAAGAUGCAGCAAAAGCUUUAGAAUCAUCUCGUGGGAAGAUAUUCUUCCGUACCGCUAUUAAAACACAGAGGAUCCUGAUCUUUGUCCUCCUGAACACGCCAUGGACGAAUACCAUCCCAAAGCCACCAAGACACUUUUCGUCGGAAAUCUUUGUUCCAGAAAUCGAUAUUAAGACCCAAACAAAUCAGCCCGGUACCUCGUAUGCAUUUGUUCAAUAUUGUGACAUAAAAAGUGUUGUUGCUGCAUUAAAUGAUCAAGAAUCAAUUCAUGUGUCUUCUAAGGCUGUAAAAUUGGGGUUUGGCAAAAGCCAGCCUACCAACAUUGUCUGGCUCGACAAUCUGGCUCCAAGCGUCAAUGAGGCUUUUCUUACACGCUACUUUAGCCGUUAUGGUCGUUUGAAAUACGUUGUUCUUGAUCGAACUCUGUCUCAAGCAUUACUUUGCUUUGAUAACGUUGAAACUGCUCAGCGUGCUCUUAGUGAGACGAAGAAUCGUUCAAUACUCAGCAAAAAAGUGCAGAUAGACUUUGCAUCUAAUGAAUGUCAAUCAGCUUUUAUGAGACGUGUCGAUAAGCAGGCUGAUCUUUAUGAACGACAUUUUGACGAUGAUGGACCAGAAUAUUCCCCUUCGGAUAGUCCCCGUAUUCAUUAUCGUCCAUGUGAAGACAGGAUUCCAAGUAGAGAUCGGUUAAAUUCUCGCCUAUCAGUUGAGCCCCAAAUCGCAAUGGAUGUGGUCGCGGAUACUCUCGAGUCAGGCUUACUGAGGUAUCGUCCUGUAACUGAAAGACUGGCUCACUCACUCUCGACUAGCAAACGGCGAUCUCUUUAUCAAUCUUCGGGGUAUCGCUAUUUCGACGAAUGCACAAGUGCUAACUCCACCAAUGGAGCUGCUGAUAAUUUCACUCGAAGGAUUGCAAAUGCCACAUCACCGGUACAAUCCUUUCCUGAAGCCCGUUCACUAUGCCAGAAGUACAAUCAACAUUCACAUAAUGGCUACUCUAGUGGAGGUGAAGCCCCAUUUGCACACUCCGAUCCUCGAUUUCUUCGGCAGUAUCAAAGCAUAUCUGGACGUAUAGCAGCCGAUGAUGCCUGCAGCAGUGGCUCACUUUCUUCAUCUCACUCUGCUAGUGGUGGUGAUCAUGUAGAGCAUAAUAGAACGAGUGAUUACUACACAAGCAACUCAGUACGUGCCCGACGUCGGAUAGAAAUUGAGGGAGAUUCCAGAGACAAACGGCGGUUAGAAGACGAGAUUUCCGGUGAGCAUCGCCGACGCAAAAGUGCUUCGCGUCAUACGCAUGACCAGUCUCCUCAGUGCCAUAGGCAUCGUGGGCCAUCUUCGGAGAAUCGCGCCCUGGAUACGUCGACUAGAGAGAAGCGCCACCGUCGCCACCGGAAUGGCAACGAUCUUGCAAGAAGCUUGUCACGAAGCCCAGAUAGUCCUAGUUCAGCAAGGGAAAAUGGAAAGUCGUCUCGGAUACUCGCAUCCAGAGUCACCUCGUCCGUCGGAGCUAAUAACUAUACAUCUCCUGGUCCUGUUGUCGUCACCGAACGAAGGGUUAUUUCUGAAAAGAAAUCAUCUAAACGUCACCGUCAUCACCGUGCAUAUGGUGAGCGGCAUGUAUCACGGGAUAACUCUGUUAGGCAAUCUGUUGCUGAUUCUCCUAGGAGAAUUCAGCAUGAAAAGCAUCAUUCUCGAUCUCAUUCCCAAGGAAUUCCUAACUCUGCUGCGAGUCUUGUAGCCCCACCUAGUCCAAAAAAGAUGACUAAGUCAAAUCAAGUGGCUGGGGAGUCCCGGCGUCGCAGACAUAAGGAUUCACAGUCAAAUCACAAUGAAGAUUUCCAGACUAAUGUCGCGUCGGUAACGCCGUCUCUUUUAAAUGGUGACCUAAAUACCACGGUUGGAUGUAGUGAAUGUCUUGAUGAGCUUUCUAAUGCAUCCAUCCCCAGCCCAGAUUCCUCGGACGAGGCUGUUGACAAUAAUGUUAAAAGCAAUAUAAAUGCCGACCGAUCGCUUCAAACUAUCCUUCCUUCUCCCGACAAAUCCAGAAGCUUAUCCACGAAAGCCAUUAAACAACGUGAGGCUCUUUCUAAAUUGGAACAAGAGCGUGACCAAUUGAUUAAAGAGAUGUGCUUGUUAAAUUCUGAGACAAACUUUCCAUCAACCGACUUACUUACCUGUGCUGGGAAUGUUCUCACUGGAGUAUUAAAAAAUGCAGUUGAUAGAAACAAUGUGAUUUGUUUCAAUAAGCGUCCUAAUGAAAAGGAUUAUCUCCAAGAUGGUGCGCUAAUUUGCAAAAAAAGACGGCAAGAUCAGCCUGCUAGAGAUCCUUCAAAUUCCGCAUGCAGUCCCUCUCCUUUGCCGAGUGAAGAGGGGGAUACUUCCAGUCGUCACAUACUCGGUUCGGCUUCAGGGUCCAGCCAACCUCAUUUACUUUCCCAUGCACAAAUGUCGACAAUGUGUGCUCCACGUGGGAUUUCUGUGGCUGGUGGAAGUGCGGGACAUAGCAGCAGUAGUGAACCUGGAGAUCCUUUAUUUUCCCCUACCAGUAGCACAUUAGCAACUCAGUUUCCAACACCGCCCCCACCGCCUCCACCGCCUCCUCCGCCCCCUCCUCCACCGCCGCCACCUCCUCCAUCUUCCACUCCCUCUUCGCCAACGAAUGCCUACUUGGGUUGUGCGGAUUCCAGCCUUACCUGUGGUAUUGGAGUAACUAAUCAUCCGAUUUGCCACCACUCACGACAUCUACAGGUGAACUUCCCUGUGGCUCCAGGAUCUCCUCGAUCAUCACAUUCUCCCCUCAAUUCUGCUAUAUCAUCUGUAUGUUCCACUCCGCUUGGUCUUUCUUCUUCUCUUAAGCAUCGCAGUUCGGCCUCUGGAGGAUCUUCUUACACAUCCUCGUCUAGUAGUGCCAAUAAAUCUUGCACUGCAUACACUUCCCUUCGUCAUAUACCUGUAGAUUCUGUCCAAAACUUAGCUGGAUUAUCCUCCAACAGAGAUCCCCGUCUCGCAUUGCAUCAUACUUUCUCAUCGCCACCUACAGGCCCUGGACUUAAUCUCAGCCGGCCGCUUUGGGUUGACACUCGAGCAAGUUCUGCAUCCAUUGGUUUUGUCGGCUCUGCAAAAGAAAUCAACUCUGAGGGAAUGUGUCAGAAUCUAAGCGACUCGGAUCAUGAAAAUAAUUCUGGGAUACAGGAUCUGUCUUCCUGCUCUGUUGACGAGCGGAUUCGCCUAUUGGAUGCCAAAUUGUCGCGAUCGGAGCGGUCUCGUCCAACCAUCGAUUAUAGCAAAUUUCGCAUCCGCCGGAAGAGUGACUUAUCGUCCAUGCCAAUUCCUUCCUCCAGCAUAGGAAAUGUACCUGAUACUAUGGCAUUUGGAAAUUCCAUUCACGAUCAUUUUCCUCUCUCACCCACAAGUCAUCAACCCGUUUCUCCUAUUGUCUCUCAUGGCCCUCUUUCUAGUGGGAUUUCGUCCUUAUCAGGCGAUCUUGUUCGUCCUGUUCUUGCACUUUCUGUAUCUGGUGUCGAACCUUUGUCUCCAAAUACGAUAAUUAGCCCAGCCACCAUCGGUGUUUCAUGUUUGCCUCGACCAGCAGAUACCUCAGAGUUUGUCAAAAGCAUGCUUUCUUCAAAGCCCUCGCCUCCUGCCUCUAAUAUUCAGCCGCAUGUGCAGCAAUCCAUUUCAGCCUCCUCUUUAGCUGAGUACCGCGCUUCGCUUUCUUGCUCCAGAAUCGGCAUUUCCAGUGGUGUAAUUGACAGACGAUCUCUAUUGAAUGCGCCUCCAAUGUCGAUUUCUGAAGCUCCAGAACCGCGAGUCUCUAAUAGUUCUCGACCACGAGUACCAUCGCUUGUGAAUGAAUCCGAUGCUUCUAUCUGUGUUUCAUCUUUCCCUACUUCAUCCAGUCCGAAGCCCGAUGAUAUUCCUGAUUUGGGACUUAUUUCUUCAUUAACAUCAACACCCGAUCCUAGUAGAUCCAUGAACACAGCUACCGUUUCCCGAUCAAAGUUUGACUUUUCGAAAUUGGAAGGCUUGACAUCUGCGCCCCCACAAUUAUCCACAUUUGCAAACAAAUCAAAGAAUGACAUCGUGGCAGGCUCAUCAGUAAAGUCAAUUUUAAAAAAAGAACUUCCAAUGAUAAACUCCACUCUUUCACCUCAGAAAUCUGUUUCUGAUGAUUCUCUGCCAUCUGCUAAGCAAGACCAACUUUCUCCUUCAACCAGUUCAGCAAAUUCUUUCAACAAGGACUUGAAGUCAUCACCACAGCCAUCAUCAACUACAGCAGCUGCAGGGGCAUCAUCACAACCGCCACUGUCCUCACAUUUUGUUGAACAAACUAAGCGUGCAUUGGCCAAUCCGCCUAAGUCUCCUCGGUCCAUUCCCGGUGUACGAAGCGCUUUGCCAUCCGGAGGUCAAAGAUCGGCUCAGUCAGAAACUAAGAAAUUUCCACAAACUCUCGCAGUUACCUCUAUGUUAGAACCCAGCCUAAAACGAAAGGCUUCUGGAAUUGGGGAGUCCCAUCUCUCGAAAGGGACUAGCCUCGCUAAAGUUGCGAAGCUAGAUAUACCACGUGCUACAUUGGACGAUUCCGUUUUUAAGUCUAGUAUAACUAUGUCUUCUGUAAAAAAGGAAAAGAAGAAAAUCAAAGCAGAAACUGACAUAUCGUCCAUUUCUUUUUCUGCCACUCCUUUG